AAAUGAGUGAGGCGUAGAUACUACAUGCGCGAGGGGUCGGGUUUCGCGAGGCUCUCCCCACGCGCACUCACAAGUUCCCUGCUUGUGUGCUGCCGGCGACACAUAAAGCCCUCUUUCACGCCGAUACAUGACGGUGGGCGCAGGGCAACGCCGAGGGGAAAGGAAAGUAUUUAGGAGGUUUUCGGCCAGCUAUGUUCCCAUUUUAAAAACUUCACAACACAAAUAGGCCUCCAAAUGCAAAAUAGGCCGGCCUACUCAAACACAGAGGAAAGGUCGGAGUUUCUCACACAUUGUAUCCGACAGUGAUGAAUUCGGCAACAUGUACAGGGACUACAACGUGACGGGGCGGUCGGAUAUGCAGUUCGAUAUGGACAUCGAGGUAUCGCCAGAAACACAAAUCCCCAUGCACAAGAUGGGGAAUUCUUCAUCCAACAGCCACGACCAUCGAGGGUUGGAACAGCGAAAGACGUCCAUGCCGAUACGUCUCCCCAUGCCGGACGCUCACGAGUUAGAAAGACGGUUUACAAAGGUUUUGAAUUCCAUGGACUUACCUCCUGACAAAGCUAAAGUACUUAAAAACUACGAUGAUGAGAAGAAAUGGGAUUUAAUUUGCGAUCAGGAGAGAGUUCACGCUAAGGACCCGCCACAUGUCUACCUGGACAAGCUGCGGACGUACCUUGAUCCAAGAGCCACACGCAGCUCCAGACAGCGAAUGUGUAUCGCUCUCCACACCAUGGUAACGUUCCCUCAGUGUACAGAAAGUAUUCCUGUUCCUCCGUAUCUAAAGCGAAAAAUCCUGGGUGAUUCAACCUCCACUCAAGUAUUACGUGACCUUGAGAUCUCACUCCGUACCAACCACAUAGAAUGGGUGCGUGAGUUCCUCAGUGAAGAAAACCAGGGAUUGGAUGUCCUGGUGGACUACCUGUCAUUCACUCAAGUUGUCAUGAGACGAGAACAGUUGUUGAACAAGGAGAAGACGUCCAGCCUGGAGUCGGGGUUGAGUCGGAGUCCUGGCCGGAGGUUGCGGCGCUCCAACACACUGGGCUCACCGCGGUCUAUAAAAUACUCGAGUAAACUUAACAUGGGGGAGGCGAGGGACGAUGUGCAUGUCUGCAUAAUGUGCUUGAGGGCAAUCAUGAACCACCAGUAUGGUUUCAACCUGGUGAUAGCUCACAAGCACGCCAUCAACUGUAUAGCGCUCAGUCUUAACCACCGGAGCCUCAGGACAAAGGCUCUGGUGCUCGAGCUGUUAGCUGCUGUCUGCCUAGUCAGUGGGGGGCAUGAGAUCAUUCUCUCUGCAUUUGAUAAUUUUAAAGAGGUCUGUGAUGAAGGACACCGGUUUGAGACAUUGAUGGAUUACUUUAAAAAUUAUGAAGAAUUUCAUAUAGACUUCAUGGUUGCGUGUAUGCAGUUCAUCAACAUUGUGGUCCACUCGGUGGAAAACAUGAACUUCAGAGUGCAUUUACAACAUGAGUUCACAGAAAUAGGACUGGAUGACUAUCUGGAGAAACUUCGGAACACAGAGAGUGAUCGACUAGCUGUUCAGGUACAUGCGUACCUAGACAAUAUGAUCGAUGUGGCCCAACUGCUGGAAGAUUCAGAGACAAAGACGGAAGCUUUGGAGAAAGUUGCUGAGCUGGAAGACGAUCUGUCUCAGGUAAAUGAGAGGCUACAGGAGGUGGAAGAGGAAGCUAUGGUGAAAACAGUGGAGUUAGAGAAACAGUUAUCUGAAGCAACAACAGAAUUAGAAGAAAUCAAGGAGGAUUUGCGUGAAAAGGAGAGCGAAAUGAACACGUUACGGAAGACGGUGAACGAGAAGGAUGAAGAGUCACGGAAACGGCAGUCGAUGCUGGACGCCAAGCUGCAGGAGUUGGAGGUCCUCAAGAACCAAGUUGGAACAGAGCCAGCCAUGCCCAACGGACUGCCCCCUCCCCCUCCUCCAAUUGCCCCAGUCAGUGCUCCUGCACCUCCUCCUCCACCUCCACCCCCUCCCCCACCUCCUCCGCCCCCAGGCACUGGUCCUCCUCCCCCGCCACCACCCCCGGGGGCGGCCAUCCCCAACAUGUCUGCCAUGACCAUCAAGAGGAAGAUACAGACCAAGUACAGGUUGCCAAUACUCAACUGGACUCCACUCAAACCACAGCAGGUCAAGGGGACCAUUUUCUCCGAUCUGGAUGAUGAGAAGCUAUACGCGGUAAUAGACUUCGAGGACUUUGAGGAAACAUUUCGUCUGGGUCCAGCUGGGCCAAUGCGUCAAUCAUCGACAGGCACGCCGAAGUUGUUGAGGAAGAACAAGAAACCAGAAAGUAUUUCCUUGAUGGAGGCAAACAGACUCAGGAAUGUUGCAAUCACAAGAAGGAAGAUGGAUAUGACAAAUGAAGAAAUAGUCAAGGCCAUCAUGUCCCUGGACUUGAAGAGACUGUCCUUGGAUAUGGUGGACAUCCUUCUUACCAUCCUCCCCAACGAACAGGAAGCCAAGUCAUACAAGAUGUACGAGCGCGAGAAGAAGCCAGUCGACAACCUCACUGACGAGGAUAAAUUCAUGAUGCAGUUGUGCAAGGUAGAACGUCUUGUUCAUCGACUGACAAUCAUGAGUUUUAUCGGAAACUUCUACGAUAACUUGCAUCAUCUCCAGCCGCAAGUUAAUGCUAUCAUCGCUGCCUCUAUGUCUGUAAGAAGUUCACAGAAAGUGCGGAAACUGAUGGAGGUGAUCCUUGCUUUUGGUAACUACAUGAACAGUUCGAAACGUGGAGCAGCCUAUGGUUUCAAGUUGCAGAGUCUGGAUAUGCUGGUGGACACCAAGUCCGGGGACAAGAAGGUGACUCUCAUGCACUUCCUUGUGAUGACAAUACAGGAGAAGUUCCCGGAUCUCAUGAACUUUGACACCGAGCUAAGGUUCAUAGACAAGGCAGCCGUAGUUUCGAUGGAGAACAUCACCACAGAUAUUCAUGAACUAGAAAAGGGUUUUGAUCUGACAAAGCGUGAAGCUACAUUAAGAAAGGAAAAAGACUCGCCAACAAUACUCAAAGAUUUCCUCUCCAACUCAGAAGAUCGCUUUAAGAAAUUGUUGGCUGAUGUUAAAACUGCACAGGAUGCCUACAAACGUGUAGUGGAGUAUUUCGGUGAGAGUCCAAGGACUGCUGCCCCAUCAACCUUCUUUGCUCAAUUUGUCAGAUUUGUUAACGCUUUCAAGCAAAGUAUUUUGGACAAUGAGCGGAGGAAGAAGCUGGAGUGUGCGAGUAUGAUGGAACCCAACACCCCCAUGGCCAACAAGAAGAAGGACAAGAAGGCCACCCAGGCUGAGAUGGUGUCCGAACUGAAGAGCAGGAACAGGAACAUUCGGGAGAAGAAGCUCCUGAACAAGGACGAGGUGUACCACGGGGCCCUGGAGGACAUCCUGCUGGAUUUGAAAAACGAGCCCUAUCGAAGAGCUGAUGCCGUGAGACGAAGUCAGAGAAGGCGCGUGGAGAAUAUCAUGCAGGUCCCUACAGGAAGGAGCGAGAUAUUUUAAACUUUUAUGACUAUGAGAUAGUUGUCACACCAGGGUUGUCCCCCUUGUCGGAAAUCACCAUCUCGUGUUGAAAACAUCAGGUGACCAGAGGGAGAUCAGAGAUUUUAAACAGUUCAAUAUGUCUUUUAUCCGAGUUGGACAUUAAAUGAAUUGUCGGCUUGGGUUAUCUUCCCAUAAUGUGUAUGGAACACUUCCAGGAUAGCCAGGUACUUUUAAGAGAUCAUGGAGGUUCUAGGCUGCAGAAUUUACAGUGUGUGUGUGUGAUCUCCAGAGUGAGUGUAGAUGCUGGUAGAGAUCGACAGACCACGGAGAAAGUAGACUGACCUGCUCUGUGGAUCACGGGAAGACACAAGACAAGGGUUUUGUGUUCCCAUGGUUGGUGGUACAGAAGAGGAUUGGAUGCAGAGGAUGUGUCAAGGGGAGAUAAUCCAUGCAGUCUUUCUAACGGAGAUGUUGCGAGCAGGCGGCGGCUUGCUCAUGUUUGUUGUUAUGUGUGUAAGUAACUGAAGCCAUUGACUGCAUAAUGCUAUUGCUAGUUUCCCUGUUACAUAAAACACUGGCGGAUGGAGAGAGAUUAAAGAGAUGGAGAAAUCACUUGAUAUUCAGGAUCGCUCUAGAUGAGCCAGUGGCGGAUAUAUAUCCAGUCUGCCUUUAGUCCUGUGCUACAAAAUGUGUAUUCGUUGUUGUUCAACAUGAAACUGUUACACCAAUGGUCAGGGAGGAAAUUAUCACUAGCCCGCUAGGCUUUUGUUGAAGCUGGGCUAAGGACUAGUAGAAUUUCAAACAUUUUGGAAGAUAUUGCUACAUAGGUCGCUAUUCGGGCUAGUAGGUGUUCUUUGUUAAUUUCCAUCCCAGAUGGUCAUGGUCUAUGCUGUCUGAAUACUGAACAGUGGCGAAAAGUACACAGAAAAUAACAAGAUUCCAUACCAAGUCUACAGGCCAUCUGCAAUUUCGAUCUAAUCUCCUAUCACCUGUUUAUCACUUCUAACCCUCCUGCACAGUUUUGGGAUUCUUCGUUGAAGGUAGUUGAUGUUUGGUCCUGACUUGUUUUUGAAUGUAACAGUUUGCCAUGUCCUUCAUGUGAUAUUCAUCUUCAUUUGCUUAAACUGUCUUCCAACCAAAUGUGUGUAUUACUGAGAAAUUGAAGUGGUUCUUCUUGUGUAUUGGGCUCAAUUGACAGAGGCGUGAGUUAAUGUCUCCUAUCUGUACGCAUCGCUGUAUAGUCUGAAUUAGUGUUGAACAAGAAUAAUUGAAAGUGACAAUCAAAAUAUUGUUGAUGCUUCUGAAUAAGAUAUUCAGGAUGGCAAAUAUCUUCGAACAGGUAAUAUCCAGAAGUGAUGCAUGUAGUUAUUGGAUUGCUCAAAAUAUGGAUAAAUAUCAGGUAGUGUGUCACGUUGCCAUGGUGUAGUCCUGGUUUGAUUCCAACAUAAGCCGAAUGAUCCAACCUUCAUACCAAUUCACAUGACAUUUCCGCACACAUUUGCAGCAACGUAGUGGGCCGUGUUGUGUCUGGAUGUCAACUCAUAAGCCCCAUGUCUCACAGCGUAUGGUGGAGGACCAUGUUCCAUAAAGCAAUCCGGCGCUACGACAAUCUAACUCCCAUUCAUUAACAUGGACUUACAAAGGACGUAGCGCUACGACAAUCUAACUCCCAUUCAUUAACAUGGACUUAUAACAGAUGUAGCGCUACGACAAUCUAACUCCCAUUCAUUAACAUGGACUUAUAACAGCCGGAAGGCUAUGAUCGUUGAGUGGAAUGACGCCCUUGGCCCAGUUUCACAAAGCAAUUGUAACACUGCCACUAUUGUAACUCUUCACAAACUUCAAACAGUUGUAGUGCUUUGAUCGCUGUGUGAAACGGGGUCCUGAUUGUCAGUUCACCUCCAAACACCAGCAGAUAUUCCUAGAUCAUUCCCAAUUACAUUUGUGAUUCACUUUUGAAUUACUUUUGAAUUACUUUUGAAUUUUGAAGCAAUGUUACGACUCUGCACUUUACGAAAGCCUCACCUCUGUCGAUUGGUUGCCUUGUGGUGUCCCCAUCAUGUGACCUCAUUUACAUACUACCCAGCGGGCAUGUCUCUAUGCCACAAAGUGCAAUUUUCCGUGUCAAGUUUUUUUUUCCGAUUCAUUUAUGUGUUUAUUAUGCAUGAUCAUUGUAUUGCCAUCGUUAGAUAUAAAUGGUAAUAGUUUAGUUCCUAUAUGCUUAUAUAAUGGAACAGUAUCUUGACUACACAGAAGAUCAGAAGGCUGCAUGUUGGUAAAUAUCCAUGAUUAGGGCUGGAAGUCACAUGAAUGUAGCUAUAACCAUGGAUAAAUAUUUUUCAUAUUCAUCAGUAUCCAUAUCAAACAAUGGGAGUUUAUUGUAUUGCCCGACAAUGGAUAUAUGCUACUCAACAUCUUAAGGGCCACCAGUCAUCUUUCAUCAAAGGUGUGGGGUCCUUAGCAAGUGUUGAGUGGUGUAGGACAAUUUCAACCAAUUCGUGUCCAUAUUGAGGGCUGAUGGACAACUUAACAUAGCCCCUACCAUGGAUACUCAUCAAUUUUGGUCUUGUAUAAGUGUAGGAGCAUAUGGUAUGUGAGACAUGAGUGCUGCUGUGUUCACCAUAUAUACUCAACAGUCGAUAUGUUCUCUAGUGCUUGAAAAUCCAUGCAUAUUUGUCAAGAAGGUGAGAAUCAGGAAAAUACUAGAAAGAGCUUUAAGACUGGAUGGAAUUAUGCUGACUCAAUAUUAAUGGCAGAAUUGAAAAAAGAUAUUAUUUAUUAGGUACUUAUAUUAAUAAUAACAUAAUGCGAUGUAUUUUUGUUGAAAAGAAAUGAAAACAUUGAAAUGAAUAAUGGAUUGUUAGUGAUUGAAUUUAUAGGAUACAAGGCUGUUCCUGACAGUUUACCCAUUGUUGUAUGGUGUCGCAUUUAAUUUCUACAAAAAAUUUAGAAUAAUGACAAAUCCAGUUUCUGUUCUUUCUUUAUAUUAUUUUGUCAUCAGGAUUCACCUGUUUUGUUAAUCUAUAAAAAAGAAGUUUCUCUGAUUCUGCCUUCUAGCGUCAUGGUCUCCACAAUGUGAUAAACACAAGCAACAAGUUCAUAAACUUGCUUUUUUUUCCUAUGUGUAGCUAUUUAUGUUUUAUUUUUUAUAGCUUUUAUUUGUGUAUUUUACGAAGCAAGUCGCCACCCAAACCUCUCGUAUUCCCCACUCUGUAUACAAUGUAUUUUAUAAAUAUGUACAUAGACGUCUAGAUUUACCGAUUUAUUGUACAUUUGUAUGUAUUCACGACAUUUCACCGAUAGAAAAAGUAGACGUUUCAUAAUCCAGGACUGUUGAUGUAGUGUGCGUGUCGCUGGCUUUAAAAACUUGCUGUCGUAGUUUCCAUGGUAACCGCUCGACCAUUUCACCUCCAUAGUCAUCAAUCAUGGAAUACGAUUUUGUAAUGUGCAAUGUAAUGUAUCUGUCGUCUAUUUCCAUCAAUCAUGUCACUGUGAUGCAAGGGCUAGGUUGGUAUAUAUACGCAAGAAAUCAAUCACAUGUUAUACACACAAGACAUGCAUUUAUCCCUUCACAAACACACAUAGUUUUGUAGUGUAUUAUGUGGUUCUGAAAAACUUAUGAAGUAAAUGAAUUGGCAUUUGGUGUUUUAAUUAAAUGUCAUAGGUAAGUGAUUAUGGAGAGAACAGCAUGGUUAAAACAUACACAGAAAUUCAAAGAAUCAUUUGCUGAUGAACUUCUUUGUUUACCGUAUUUGACUUAAUAAGCCCCCUGCUCUAAUAAGCGCCCACGGCGAUAUUUGUUAAUGUAUUGGCUAGUGAAAAUCCCAAUUAGCACCCCUUCCGAUUAAUCAAUGAACACAAGACUUAUUUUUUCGCGUAUACGAGUUUAACGCACUCAUGUGUUACAUG